CCAUAUCCGCCAGUCCAACAAUAGCCAUGUAUGGCCCGAGUCGUAAGCGCUCGUUCGAUGACAACGACCGCGACGGUGGUGGCUACAAGCGCUCGCGCGUGGACGAUCGCUACGGAGGAUCUCGACGUUAUGACCGUCGUGACCGUGACCGCUUCAACGAGAGUGAUCGAGCACGAGCUUGGCGUCUGGCCAAGAAGGCUGUCGUGGAGCUCGGAGACGGUGUAGAGCGCGACCAGCUCUCACGCACCAGCGACCUUCUACUGCGUGAACUGGAGCCAGAUGCUCAGGACGUAAAGCUCGGUCACUUGGCUACACUCGUGCUGCGUGGCGCGUCGCGUCUGGCCCACAAGACGGCGCUGUACGCGACGCUCGUGGGGCUCGUAAAUGCUAGAAAACCGGCGUUUGGACGCGAAAUCGUAGCCGGGGCCACGCGUUCGCUGCAGAGAGAUGUGGAUUUCUUUAGUACCGAAAAGGUUGAGGACGCAGACACGCCUGAUACCGACGUACUGCGUCGGGAUGGUGAUGUGAAUGCAGUGGCUACGAGAGUGAGACUUACAGUGAGACUAUUGGCUGAACUGGUGGCAGCUAAAGUGUGCAAGGCUGAGGACGUGCUGGCUAUGCUGGACUCUCUACAGGGACUCUGUACGCCUGACGACUGGGACGCAGAUGAUGAGACUCACGCCUCGUUGAGAGAGAGGGAGGACGCUGCAGCGUGGAAGGAUUUCUUCGCGUCUGUGGUGCUGGAUACACUGCUGCACAGUGGCAAGGCGCUGGCUGCUGCCUCGGAAAAUUUAUUUGACAGUUUAUUGAGUCGAUGCAGAGAGUACGUCUCGCAUCGUGAAGAGGAGAACAAUCCGCGUGGAUCCAGUGCCGGUCCGUCGUCGUGGAGGACGAGACGCUUGCAGCUCGAUCUGCUCUGGGGACCGGAGAGUGAUGAUGAGUUACCAGCAUUAUGUGCGUCAAGCGACGCGCUGUCGCUGGCCUGGGACGCGUUGAAUGCCAUUCGGAACGGAGAAGGAGACGACAAGUGGAAGUUGCCAGGUAUUAACCAUCCACAGGGCGUCUUCGCUUCAGAGUUUGAGAGCUCGGAGACUCAUACACUGGCUGCGUCACUGUCCAUCGACCUGACAAAGCUGGACGCUACCAAGAUCCCGACGUAUACAACGUGGUUCCGUAUACUGUCGGAUGAAUCUGGUGCUGCUGGUGCGGCGAUUGCGACGUUGCCGUUGGCCUCGUACCUCAUCACUCGCAGCCAUUUCAUUGAUGCACUGGAGACGUCGCACCCGAAGCCUGCUAUUGCUGCCAAGCUGCUGCUGGGUCUGUGUCGUGCAUAUAACGAUCGGUUCGCUUCGACUCAAGCAGAAGGAGCGACUCCCGUCAAGAGCGAGUAUUUGCUGGUGGAGACGCUGUUGGUUGCUGCUCUGGGCGAGAGUGCCAAUGCCAAGUUGGCUUACUACUGCUCGGUGCUGUAUCAUCUCGUGAAGACCGACGCUCGUGUUGUGUCGCCUGCACUGGCCGUUGUAGUGGAGCUGCUGUUCCGGGAAGUGCCGACAAUGCGAGCAGCUGCUGUGGAUUCGUUCGUGCUGCUCUUGAGCCAUUUCCUGUCCAACUUCGAGUUUAAAUGGCGUUGGGCGGCCUGGGCGUAUGUACUGGAAGCCAGUGAGGACGACCCGCAGCGUCUGUUUGUCAGCGCUGUUAUCGAACGCUGCGUGCGCCUCUCGUAUUUGCAGCACAUGCAGAGUGUACUGCCUGCUGAGUUCCACGUGCUGCUGCCUCCUGCUCCCAAGCCUCGUAUCCGCUUCCAGGUUGUCAAAGAAGAAGACACAGCUAGCGCUCCUGACUCAGCCAGUCCAGCGUCAGACUUCUAUCAAUCCGUGACGACGAAGCUGAAGGGCCAUCCGCCUGCAUCUGCGUUGCGCUCGUGGCUGAACGAAGAACUGCCUCGUCUCGAGAUCUCGCGUGCUGAAGCUGUGGAAGUUGUGUGGACGUGUAUCUUGGAGGCUGGCGUGGCCACGUUCACGCACAUGCGUCUACUAUUGGAGAAGUAUGGCAAGCGCAACGAGCUGUUCGGUGGUGAAGACCAGUCGGCCGAGGAGACGGAAGCUGACGAACUUGUGGUGGUCAAGACUGUGGCUUCGGUCUGGCUCAAGUCGCCGCAACACAUCGGUCUCAUUCUCAACUCGAUGCUGCGUCAAGGUCUACUCCGCCCGUUGACUAUUGUGACGUGGGUGUUCACCGCCGAUGCUGUGCAGCAGUACAGUUGGCCGUAUGUGUGGGAGAUCCUGAACGACACGCUCAAGUUCGUACAGGACGCUAUUGGAGCCAAGACGAAGCAGUUGGAGCAGGCUUCCACGCCCAGAUCAUCGGACGACCGCGACAACGAGGAGAUGCCGGACGUUGCAGCACUUGAGGAUAGCCGUAAGCGUCUGCAGGACGAACUGCGACAACUGCUCGUGCUGUUGUUCCGUGGAUUCAACCGCGUUAUUACCGAACACAAGGCCGAAUGCGACUCGGAAGGCUCGGACCCGCGCGAUAACUGGUUCCGCAGUGCACUGGCUCAGAUGCAGGCGGUGGGUCACCGAUACCGUGUGCCGCUUGAGGGUGCGCUUGACGAACUGCAGCUCGAGGUUUUCAGCGUCAGCGCCUCGGCUGAUGUGGACGCCACCAAGAUCUUCCAGCUCGUUCGCGACUCGUAUCUCAGCGCUUAAACAACUUGACUAGAAACAACAAGAGCCAAGACACAACAGAAUGGAUCAGGGAGCUCUUAUACCUCAAACAAAAAGUACAAACAUUGCUCGUUUCGUCUUGA